AGCGACUGGAACUUAUUGGACCGAGAGUAUUGGCGGACUUACCGGACCAAAGACGUAUCCACUAUGGGGAAGCGUGUCGGUUCCCGAUAGUUUCGUAAUUCCAGGAGAGUUUCGGGACGGUGAGUCCAGCAAGUUCGAGCAGGCCGUUUGGGACGACUUUGUCGAGUACGCACUUCAGGCUGCCAGGAAUCGCGGUAUCCCGGGCGCUGAGAUGGCGACCGUGCUCAAUGACAACUUCGGCCUCUAUGACGCGCUCAAGUCGCAUCUCGAUGACCAGUUCGAGCUGAUCAACGAUGCGAUGGCCGGGCGCAUAGAUGCCGAAACAUUGCUGCGAUUGAGCGACGCGGCCUCGGCUCGAUUGCUUGUCGAUCUGGGCGGGGGAUUAGUAGGCGCACCCGCGGUCGCAGUGGACAUCGCAAAGACGCUCGUCAGCAGGUGGAUUGUCGGCCAGGGCGGCAUGCCUGACGAAUUCACGACCGGGCAGAAUUUUCCUGGUCUAAAUUGGAUCGGUCCUGGCUGGAAUCCAAAGAACAUACUUGUCGUAGGCAGUCCGACGAACGAUUCCUUGGAUGACUGGGCAACAAACGGGGACUAUGUGCUGGGAGGCGCGGGCGAUGACGUCAUCUACGGAGGCCGGGGAAGCGACGUUCUGAUUGGCGGCUCUGGCGUAGAUACCAUCGACUAUUCUCGUAUUUCGGAUGGCGUCAAUAUCGACCUGCUUGGUGGCGUCGUCCGAGCGUCAUCGAACAGCUUUAGUGACGUUGCGUUGGGCUUCGAAAACGCAACAGGCAGCUCCGGGAAUGAUAUCAUCGCCGGCACAAGUGGUGCCAAUGUCCUGAAUGGCGAUCGGGGUGCCGAUCUGCUCAGCGGUGGCGACGGCGACGACGUCCUGAUCGGUGGCCGGAGUGGGCGACUUCAACGGCGAUGGCCGGUCGGACAUCCUGUGGCGCAACAGCGCGACGGGCGCGGUUGCCGAGUGGCAGAUGAACGGCAACACGAUCGUGAACAACACCGUGCUGGGGAACAACCCGGGCACGUCGUGGAACGUUGCCGGUGUUGGCGACUUCAACGGCGACGGUCGUUCGGACGUGCUGUGGCGCCACUCGAUGGCCGUGUCGCCGAGUGGCAGAUGAACGGCACGGCGAUCACGUCGGACGUGGUGCUGGGCAAUCCCGGCACGGUCUGGCAGGUGGCCGACGUUGGCGACUACAACGGCGACGGCAAGUCAGACAUCCUGUGGCGCAACUCCAGCACGGGUGCAGUGGCCGAGUGGCAAAUGAACGGCAACACGAUCCUGUCCAAUGAGAUACUGCCCACGAGUGCUAGCCUGGAUUGGCACUUAGUGUAG